AUGCAUAUACGACGAGCUAGUCGAAUAUCAAGCACGACAACUAAGAUUACCAUAAGCUUGGAAUUGCAAGUGGAGCAAGGACGAAUAGGGGUGGCGACUAUCUAUCUGGGCGGCGGAGUCUGUGGUGUUUUAGGAGCGUCGCUUCUGCAACCAAGUCUUUAUCUGGUUGGCGCUUCGACAGGUAUUUACGCGCUGCUCACGAGUCAUCUUGCUAAUCUCUACCUGUGUCACGGCGAACUGCGCUACGCCGGCUGGCGACUCGGAGCCGUUUUGCUGCUGGCCGGUGCGGAUAUCGCAUCGCUGCCCAUUCCUGCGUUGCUUGGAUGCGGCCGGGUCGGUUGGGCGGCACAUGUCGCGGGCGCGCUAGCGGGUCCACUUCUAGCCGUGUUCCCUAAUCAGAGCAAGAAAGACGCCCGGGGCCGUAGAUUUGUGCGAUACGUGCGGCUGCUGUCGGCCGUGAGCGUGAUGCUGCUGAUCGUUGGUGCCAUUCUCGGUAAUGUCUACUUGAUCGCCCUACCACAGCUCAGGAAGCCAUCCUGA